AUGGAGCUGUCAAUCACCUGCUCUGCCCACAGCUCUAUCAGACUGGUUGGUUCUGGUGGAGAUUGUGCAGGAAGGCUGGAGGUUUUCCUCAACGGCUCAUGGGGGACAGUGUGUGAUGACUCAUGGGAUAUUGAGGAUGCCCAGGUGGUGUGCAGGCAGCUUCAGUGUGGAGUGGCCCUCAGUGCCCACGUACCAGCCUGGUUUGGUCCAGGAACCGGGCCCAUAUGGCUGAAUGAGGUGCAGUGUGAGGGGAGGGACACGUCCCUGUGGAACUGCAGGUAUCAGUCUGGGGGAAAGCAUGACUGCAGACACAAGGAGGACGUAGGGGUCGUGUGCUCAGAUUUUAAAGAAAUCAGACUCACUAAGGGGUGUGAAGGGAAUCUGGAAGUGUUCUACAAUGGAACCUGGGGAAAUGUGUGUGUGAAUGGGAUGAAUGAGGAAACAGUAAAUUUGAUCUGUCAAGAGCUGAACUGUGGAAGAACAGGUAGUGAGUCCACAUCCAGAGCAAAAUUGGAAUCAUCUCCUAACUGGCUGGAUCAGGUGAAAUGUAGGAAACAUGACUCCACUCUAUGGCACUGCCCAUCUGAUCCUUGGGGGCACAAUAAGUGUGAUAAUGGCAAGGAGGUGGCUCACAUUACCUGUUCAGAAGAGCAGAAACAUUUACAAAAACAUGUGAAAUGCUCCUCAUUUCCCCAUCAAAGACAGUGCUCAGUUCACCUGCCUCUCAGGCUGAGUGGACCAGAGGGAAGCUGCUCUGGAAGGCUGGAGGUUUAUCAUAAUGCUGUGUGGGGCUCCAUCUGUGAUGAUCAGUGGGACAUCAGGGAUGCUGAGGUGGUCUGCAGGCAGCUGGGCUGUGGGAAGGCACUGAGUGCUAAUGGGAGUGCUGCCUUUGGUGCUGGUGAAGGGGUGAUCUGGUUGAACAGAGUGGAGUGUAGAGGGGAUGAGUUUCACCUGUGGGACUGCAGUUAUUCACUGAAGAACCACACUGAUUGCUCCCACAAAGAGGAUGCUGGCAUCACUUGUGCAGACAUCUCCCUGACCCCUGUUAUUACAAGCAAAGUAACCACCAACUCCAUCUCAGUUGGUAAAUCUGAGAUGAUAACAACCAGUCGACCUCUACCUCAACCAGCUACCUCUCCAGUGGUCCUGCUGGUACUGGGAGUGCUGCUCUUCCUGGCCUUAGUGCUUCUCUCUGGGCUGGUUUACCAGAACAGAGUACUCAGGAAAGUACUCUCUAAGAGGAGGCAUAUGACUUUACCUGAAGUAAUCUAUGAGGAGAUUGACCACAGAAUCACUAAUGAAAGAACUCCCAUCUCAGCUCAAAAGGAAUAUAUUGACUCAGAGGCUCAGCAUUCUGGUUAUGAAGAUGUUGGUAAAGAGCUUUUCUCAGCAAAAUCUGUCAGUGAAGAAAAGACUGAGUAUUAUGAUGAUGCUGUCACCAGUAGUGGUGAUCUAGGGACAGAAAAUCCACAGGAUAAUUACAGUGACAUCACACAUGGACAGACACCUGAUACUGUAGCAAAGGAUGUGGUAGAGAUCUAUGAUGAUGCCAUUACUGUUGGACCAAACUCACAUCUUACAACAGAGUACUAUGAUGAUGUCAUCUCCGCUGGACAAGAUUCUUUAAGUGGUACAGACUAUGAUAACCUGUAAGACACAGAGGAAAGGCUUCAGUCGAAGAAAACCUCAUGAAUGAGAAUGCUUUUGCUCAGGAAAUGACAUUUGACCUCUUCAAACUCAAACAGUGUUUAGAUCAUAAAUGGUUCAAUGUCUUGCUUCACCCUUUUGCCAGAACACAUUUUUGAAAAUCAUUUUAAACAUAGAAGCAUCAUAGAAAUACAAUAUUAAUCCUUUUAUAUACAUAUAUUACAUGCAUGAUGUUGAAUUCGGUAGCUUAAAAUGGCUGAUAUGUUAUUUGUUGCAAGGGCUCAUUUAUCAGUAUUCAGUGUAUGUGCUCCCUGGGAAUCAAACCCAUGACCAUGGUGAUAUUAGCACCAUGUUCAUAAGAUUAUUAUGCUUUUAUACAGUUUUAUACACAGUUAGCCAGCAUUUAGAUUCUGUUUUGUUCUGGUUUUGUUUUGUAUAAAGAUGCACACCUCUGUAUAGGCCUACAACAAAGUCAUCAGUGUUAAAGGAUUGAUUCACUACUGAAUCCUAUAAAUAUGCACAAUAGAUACCUUGACCUGCCUUGACAACCGCCUU